UGUACGUGUGUUUGGACACUGAUGCUUCUAUAAAGUCUCACAGAUUGUCACAAAGGCUCAGUACUGAUCUCCAUCGUCAUACCCGACUGUCUCUCCUCUUGCACGAGCGCAAGUCAUCAUGGCAACUAAAAUAGUUAUUCAGCAGCCCAAGCCACUUGUUCUGGCUCCUGGUUCUGACCAAUGGUCCUCUGGCAUGUGCGAAUGUGACAACCUCAAUGACUGUUGCUUUGCGUUCUGGUGCUGUCCAUGUUUCGCCUGCAUCACAGCCAGAGAUCACGGAGAGUGUCUCUGCCUGCCUCUGCUGGACAGUUUUGGCCUCUUCCCACCCAUCACUAUGGCCAUGAGAGUGUCUGUCCGGCGCACCUAUGGAAUUGAGGACUCUAUCUGUAAUGAUUGUGUGCUGUCCUUCUGCUGCGGCCCGUGCUCCUACUGUCAGAUAAGACGUGAGAUGAUAGCUCGCAACCACCCCGUCACACUCUUCCGCAACCGACCAAAAUAAAACAACUUCA